AAUAUUGGCGGAAAACUUCGCACUGCUUGAUGCAAACAAUCGAAUACUUCACUCGAUCGAAGUACAAGACUUGAAAAGAAAAAUGUACAGAAAUAGUACUAAUGGAGUGGCUUUGUUAAUCGAUGAAGAAGGACCUGUUAAAAUUGAAGGAAUUGUAAAUUCAAACUUGAGAAUCGUACCGUACGAGUCGGGAAGGGCGGAUAGAGAUGGAAUAAUACCUCAUCAAAUUCUGGAAGUUAUAAGUGACAAAAACUCUUUUGGCCAUGACGAAGUCAUGCCUAUGGGUGUUAAAGAAACUAUGGAGAAAGUGGAGAGAAUGGCCAGAGACGAUCAGUGCAUAGUGGUGGAAUAUCUGAUCUUAGCAGAAAGUAACUUUACCAAAUAUUUCAAAACAAAUAAAGGUCUAGUAAACUAUAUUUCUCGCCUGUUUAUUGAGGUACAAAACAUGAUUGAUACAUUAGAAUUGGGAAUAAAACUUUCUGUGCUCGGAAUUACAAAGUUCACGAAAACAACGGAUCCAUCUUAUAUACAAGAUAGUGUAAUUUCGGGUUACGAACGAUAUCUUCAUGCUUCGGCGUUACUUUCUAAUAUGGCACACUAUUACUGUCAUCAUGCUACUGGUUUGGCUGUAAAUGCUGAUAUUAUCAUGCUAUUUGUCCAUCGUAAAAUGGGCUCGCUAAAUCCUGAUAAUACAGUUAAACUGAAUGUACUAGGCGUUGCGCACACAACCGGUGUUUGCAAGAAAUGUCUUAAAGUUGGCAUCGUCAGUCUCUAUCUACUCAAUUAUGAUAGAGCUAAUAUAGUAGCACACGAAUCAGCACAUUUACUUGGAAGUCCUCACGAUGGGGAAGAUUCCAAAGAAGAAGGAAGUCCUGGAGGAUUAGAUUGUCCACAUUCAGACGGAUACAUUAUGGGAAGUCGAAGAUAUGGUAACGAGAAUAAAUUUUCCAAAUGCUCUAAAGAAUCCAUCAAAUAUACAUUAUCGAAAUCUUCUUGUGUAAUUGAAGAUUGCAAAUCGUAUUAAUUCGUAUACGGUGGUAUAUUUUAUAUUUAAAAAAAUAUUAUUUUAAAUGAUAAAAUAAAAUGUGAGUUGGAUUUCGCAUAUAUUAUUUGAUCAAGUUUUAAUCCAGAAAUAAU